AAAAAAUUUACAGCUUCAACUAGCUGUACACUGCUCUCAUCAUUUUCCUCUCCGCGUUUCCUCUUCCAUCUGCUCUCUAUAUCUAUAAAAAAAUACUACUAUGUAGCUCUCUCUCUCUCUCUCUCUCCACAUUCAAACUUUGAAAUCAAGAGAGAGAAACAAAACAACCAUGACUCGCCGUCUCCUCUUCCUCCCCCUCCUCCUCCUCUCUCUCCUCUCCACCACCACCGCCGCCCCAACCACAUCCACCGCCGCCCCAGCGCCGGCACCGCCGGCCUCCGACUCCUGCAACGGCAUAUUCCUCUCCUACCUCUACAACGGCGGCGUCCAGCUCCACCCGACCCUAAAAUCCCACCCGACCCAACAACCCUACAGCUUCAAAUCCACCCUAACCAUACUCAACAACGGCCUCGACCCUUUGAAAUCGUGGAUGGUAUUCGUGGGGUUUCAGCACGGCGAGUACUUGGUCUCUGCUUCCAAUGCUGUCUUAGCCAACGGGAAUAGCAUACCUGGGUCUGUAGCAAACGGCACCGUUUUCGCCGGGUACCCGAGUACUGAUCUGAUGACUGCUAUUCAGACGGCUGGGGACACCACCCAGACGUCGGCCCAGAUUGAUCUGGUGGGUACCCAGUUCGGUGUCGGGUCGCCCGAUGUCCCUAUGCCUACUAAUAUCACGCUUGCUAAUGAUGGCUGGCUUUGUCCCGCACCAACUAUGCAAGGGACAAGUCAAAUGCAAGUAUGCUGUACUGAAGACCCAACCUUGAAAAAUAAUAUCACCACAGCUGAUGAAUUUCUGCCACGCCAAAAUGGUGAUCUUACGAUAAUGUAUGAUGUGAUCAAUACAUAUGACUCAAAUUACUUGGCUCAGGUCACAAUCUCAAACAAUAAUCCCCUUGGCCGCCUUGAUAACUGGAAAUUAAGUUGGGAUUGGAUGAGAGAGGAGUUCAUUUAUGCCAUGAAAGGUGCUUAUCCUGAAGUUCUUGAUACGACAGAGUGCCUCUAUGGUAAACAAGGUGUAUACUACCAGAACUUGGACUUUUCAACUGUAUUGAAUUGUCAAACAAGGCCAACUAUAGUCGACCUCCCUCCAAAUUUGGUCAACAAUACUAACUUAGGAUCAAUACCCUUUUGUUGCCGAAACGGUACAAUCUUGCCUCCGUCGAUGGACCCGAGCAAAUCCACUUCUGUUUUCCAGAUCAACGUAUACAAAAUGCCGCCGGAUCUCAACCGCUCUGAGCUCACCCCACCCCAGAACUGGCAGAUCAAUGGCACCCUUAACCCAAAUUACCAAUGUGGGCCCCCAUUACAGGUGAGCCCUAGCCUGUUCCCAGACCCCAAUGGGUCCCCAUCAGAUAAAACUGCAUUUGCCAGCUGGCAGGUGGUUUGUAAUAUCACAGAGCCUAAGGGAGUGAAGCCCAAAUGUUGCGUCUCAUUUUCUGCUUAUUACAAUGAAUCCAUAAUCCCUUGCAAUACAUGUGCUUGUGGGUGUCCUAGUCCUUCCAGUACUACUUGUAGUGCUACUGCUCCAGCUCUUCUUCUUCCAGCUCAGGCAAUUCUUGUACCUUUUGAUAAUCGGACCGCUCUCGCAAAUGCUUGGGCCGAGCUCAACCAUUUUGCAACGCCCAACCCAUUACCCUGUGGAGAUAACUGUGGUGUGAGCAUCAAUUGGCAUUUGUACACAGACUACACUAAGGGAUGGACCGCAAGGAUCACGAUCUUCAAUUGGGAUGGCGAGCCGUUUGUUGAUUGGUUCACCGCGGUGGAAUUGGACAAGGCAGCCCCUGGUUUCGAAAAGGUGUAUUCAUUUAACGGGACUAAGUUAAGUGGUGUUGACAAUAAUACGAUAUUCAUGCAGGGGCUUCCAGGGCUGAACUAUCUCGUGGCAGAAACGCCCGGAGCGGAUCCACAGAAGGAUCCUAGCGUCCCCGGUAAGCAACAGUCUGUGAUUUCAUUUACGAAGAAACAGACCCCUGGAAUCAAUGUGGUCGGUGGGGAUGGGUUCCCCUCUAAAGUAUAUUUCAAUGGGGACGAAUGCUCGCUUCCUACAGUACUUCCGUCAGGUAGUGCUUAUGGGAAGGGGUCAAAUAUUAGCAUUUCGGUGCUCCUAGCAGUCGUAGUAGCAUUCUUGUUAAUGCAGUGGUAGUAUCGGAUGAGGCUCAACUACUUCAGUAACUUUGAUGACUCUCCCCUGGAAAGUAUGGCUCUCAUGAUUUUACCAGAAACACAAGUUUGGCCGUGCAGAAGGUUCUGACACUCGAUUCGGUUUGUUGAUUGCUGUUGCCCUGUAGAUUAUGUUGGGGGAAUAUCAGAGUUCCAUUUCUUUUAUCAGAUGUUAUAUCAUGGCAUGACAGUAUAGAGUUCAGCUUUUGUGUAUACAGCAUUGGACUGAGAAACUUAUCAGUAUAUUCUUUUUGAU